AUGCCGGGUUGGGGGUUCCAUAACCAUCCCUUCCAUCGGCUUUCUCGGGCUGAGAGGGAAUUUGGAUCCUUACCAAAACGUGGACUUCUUCCUUCCAGUGGCACGGCCUUUGCGAAACCUCUCGCACCGACUCCAGGCUCACUCAACUCCAGAUUCGGCCCCGGCACAGAUCUCCUUUUCUUCUCGGACAAGUCAACGCUCACGUCAUCGACUCGCGAACUGUCGUUUGCGCAGCCGCAACCAGGGAAACAGACCACAGAUGGCGAAGAGUCUGACAGAAAUGUCUCUGAACAGCUGCGGCAAGCACAGGAGAGCACGAUGAGCUACGAGCACAACGCACUCUCUUCGCCCCCAGGAAAACCCGACUUCAGUCGUUGUGCUCCAGCAGCCGGAAAGAGACAAGAAAGAAACUCGGCCCUUCGGGUUUGUGAAAAUUUCCUCGACGCCGUGGGCAUGACUCCUCUGAUCUAUUUGAGACGUGCAAGUCUAGAGACGCACUGCGAUAUUUUUGCCAAAUGUGAAUUCCUCAACCCAGGCGGCUCCGUCAAGGACAGACCGGCAAAAUACAUCCUCCAACAGGCUGAAAAAGAAGGUGAAACUGCCACACAGAGUACAGAGACACAGUGCGAUACGCAAGGAGAGGACAUGCUCAAAGUCUGUGGCGCGUUGGUUGUGGAGGUUCCUUUCCAUAAGGUGUGGCAUCCUGACCAUUUUGUCGCCUUUUCGGGAAGACUUGCUUCAGUCUUGAAUGCGUGCUGGGGAAACCAAUUCGACAACCUGGCUAACCAGCUCUCCCACUACGAGACGACAGGCCCGGAAAUCUGGGACCAGAUGGACGGCCGCAUAGACGGUUUUGUGUCUGCUGCGGGGACAGGCGGGACUGUCUCCGGCGUCUCCCUCUAUCUCCGUUCUCAGCAUCCUGGAAUUCAAAUCGGUCUCGCCGAUAUCCCCGGCUCUGCCCUGUACCGCUAUUAUACCGAGGGAGUUCUACGAGCAGAAGGAUCAUCUGUUGUCGAAAACAUCGGCCAGGGACGCAUCACGGGCCAGCUCCAGGGCUUUCGCCCGGAUGUUGCUUUCGAGAUUCCCGACGCCGAAUCUCUGGCGUGGACUCACUCUCUCCUUGAGGAUGAAGGCCUAGCUGUCGGACUGAGCAGCGGAGUCAACGUCGCGGCUGCAAUUCGACUUGCCAAGCGCCUCGGGCCAGGCCACCGCAUUGUUACCCUGCUGUGCGAUUCGGGUACUCGAUAUGCAAAGAAGCAAUGGAACAUUUCUUUCUUGAAAGAAGAAGGGUUGCCUUAUCCUCGUAUGCUCGCUGAUCAGAGUCGCGAGAUGAGUGGCAUCAUGGAGGCAAUACACUCGGCGUAUGCCCCGCAGCACGUGGUAGAAAAAAUCGAGAAGGAACAUGAAAACGACAUCUCCGCUCCUGGCAGCAAACUAAGAUCCGUGUCUCUUUAG